UAUUGAUUGGUCUCCCUUAGACAUCUUGGUAUCUUUUAAUACUUUUUCAGUAGAAGAAGAAUCUGAGCAUGAUGACAGACUUCUCUCCUCCAUCUCAGUAGGGUCUGGGAUGUUUUCAAACUCCAUGUCUCUUCUGCGCCUUGUAGCACCAUCACUUGAGUCACUGUCAUCACUCUGCACAUCUUCCGGAUUGCUCUGUCGUAAGACAUUUUCACUUCCUGAAUCACCUGCAGAAUGCUUGUCCUUCUUAGCCAUGACUGGUUCAUAUUCAUUCUCUGAAUCACUUUUGAUGCUGUCCCGUUCACCACUAGCUACAGUGUCAUAAUAAUUUAUAUUCCUGUCUUCAAUAAUGUCUACAGUGCUAAAUGUGACUCUCCUUUCCCUGUAAUUUAUUGUGUCCUCUGGUUCCUCAGCACUGGAGAAGGCCUCAUUGUCAUAUUGUCUUUGUUCAACCGAAGAGACGGAGUUGGUUGUAGAUGAGGUUUUCUUCUUGGUGACCCUUUUCCAAAGCCCAUCAAAACAAGGUCGUGCCAGGACUCCGAGGAUAAAAGCUAUCAGAAAGGCUGCCAGUGUAACCCCAGACAACCCCCGGCUGCUGCACUGCUCCUCCCUGACCUGCUCCUCCACCUGCACCGCAGACCUCCAGGAUUAGUGAUUUGGGACGGACAUGGCCGACACUUUAAGGAGAUUGACCAACACGUCUUCAUGCAGUGUGCUGCAGGACAAGCUUGAGAGCUGGCACAAAGACUAUCAUCUGAUGUCCUGUGACCAGAAUCUGAACAGGUGUUGUGAGUUGAUCGAGCUCACCGCUAAGAUUCAGGGUCAACUGUUUGCAAUCCUUAACCUGACAGCUGCUGAGGGUGGACACUAUGCUGGAGUGGACACUCUCAAAACACGACUGUUACCUUGGCUUGGGACAUGCUUCUCCAUGUCAAGGUCUUCUGUUGAUGACAGCAGUCUACAGCUUCUUGAGGAUUCAGCAGAGAAGGACAGAAAGAUCAGAGAGCUCUCUGCCUCUCAUGAGAAUGACAUGCAGAAGAUGAAGAUGCAGCUGUGCUCUUCUCGAUCACAACUGGAGUCAGUCAGAGCAGAACUGGUGGAUGCUCAGAAGGAGUUGGAGGACACAAAAAGCAAAUCAGUGAACGCACUUCUCGCCGCAGAGGAUGAAAUCUUGCAGCUUAAAGCAGAUUUGCGUUCCACUCAUGAAGAAGUGGAGCUUUAUAAGAGAAAGAUGGAUGGUCACAAUGACUACGAGCGACAGGUUCACAUGUUGAGAGAUGAAGUGUCUUACCUGAACACAGAGAAGACCAUCCUGCAGGACAGGUUGGUGAGAAGUCGCUCUCCGAGCCCUUUGCCAAGACUCAGCCAUUCACCCGGCCCAGCGAGGAGCGGGUCGCCCACGAGGGCCCAGCUCACCAACUCCUCCCGCCAUGCUCGCCUCGUGUCGCGCUUCAGUGACCUGUACGCGGUGGAGCGCCUGCAAGCCCAGUCCCUGCUUCUGCACUACAUAGAUGAUUUAGAGAUGGUCCAGAGAAUCAUCUUCAUCGCUGCAGUGGAAUCCUUCAAAGCAGCAAAACAGGCCUACUAUGAGUUCAAGCUGCGAGUGAAAAAGUCGUUGGGAAAGUCCCAUUCCCAAUUCAGUCCGGAGGCCGAUGAAGAUGCAGCCGUGGACUCUAUCGUCAGAAAUUUGGGCCUGUAUGAUGUUCAAACAAGCAUCAAUAAUGUGAUCAAUGCUAUGAACAUGAACCCUCGGAUCUCCUUCCCGGCGGAAGUGGACUUUUCCCUCAUCAGUACCUUGAUCAGGGAGACGUGCAAGGUGGCCUUCGCUAUGCAGACGCUUGAUCCACCGACUGACUUGUCCUUUGCCAGUGAUGGAGAACUUUACAAUGAGAGCAAGUACCGUCGCAGCUAUGACUCUGAGUUCACCGCUCCUCUGGUCCUCUACCACGUGUGGCCGGCCUUGAUGGAGGGAAAGGCUGUUAUUGUCAAAGGGGAGGCUGUGACCAGCCGGUCGAGCCGGAGCUGCAGCAGGAACACCAGCACCAUGCGCUCUCGCUCUCUCAGCCCACGUCGCAGUCUUGGAUUUAAAAGCAGAAGAAGCCUGUCUCCUGAACGUCUUACAGCCAGCCAUCUGUAGACUUGUCACCUCAGCAACAACAACCUCUGGUGCUUCAUGUGCAUGAAAUAAACUCUGAGCUUUACUCUCUCAUCUUAUUUCAACUGUACUUUUUUUGCUUCCACCAAAUCAAGCCAUCCUUAUGAAGUAAUUGACCAAAGGCUACUCAAAGUUUACAUUUCUGAAGGGCAGUGCUACAGCAAAUACUGUAUGUCCUAAAUGGGUCAUAAAUAGCCUGGCAGCGAUUAACUGAAGACAUAUUCUUACAUUGUAUUUUUUCUUGAAGGUGCUAAAAGUAUUUUAGACAUAUCCAAAAACUUCAAACACACUAGUGCUUUCUGACUUUCUGAGGCAGCUUAAACCUACUCUCCCACCAUUUCUCAUCAAAAGUCAAUAUUUUGUAUAUCAUAUUGUAUUUACAGGCUGGUGCCCACGAUAUAUUGGAUGGUGCGACUGUAAUCAAUGUAACCUCGCAUAGUCCAGAACUUGAGAGACUGAUACAAUGAUCAAUGUGUCACGUGUUUCUUGAAACAUUUCCUUCUAUUGAGUUUGCAUGGUUAUUUCUUUGUUGGUUAAUUUGUGUUAGCAAUUGUAAGUAGCAGUACCAUUUCUGACCACACGAGGGCAGCAUAUUUACUGUAUAUGCCCCCAUGUGUUCAGAUGGGGUAUUGCAACAUAGACUGGCUUGAAGCUCAUAAAGGCCCCAUGCACACAAAGACAAGUGCAGGCCUAUAAGAACCCUAUACCCUAUGUUGAUUGCUGCACCAAUAGAGUAACACCUUUUGGUGCAGGUAGUGUGAUAGUGUGGGGUGGCCAGUGUACUAUCCAUAUGAAGCUGUCGUUUUGGGGGUUUGUAAAUGCUGAUCCACGCACGCAUUUACUGACAUGUCUCCGUCUUCACAGAGAACGUUUUUGAAAUUAUAAGCAUUUCGUCUUCCUGUGGAUAUUAUUAUUCCACAGAAAUAAAUAAUAUUUCUGUGGUAUAAAACAUAAAAAGACAAUAAGGAUAACAAAUAGUCAUUUUAAAGAAUCAACGAGUGAGGUCAUUGUUUUGGACAGGCAUGAUCUGAAGAAGUCUGACCUAGUGGUACGUAGAGGAUGAGGUUGUCCAUGUUAUAUGUCACCUUAAGAAAAUUAAACAAAUAGUUUUUUGUAGGAUAUUAUUCCCAUGCUUUUUUCUCAUUGCUUGCAAGAAGAGGAGGAAUUGUUUGUUGUUAUUUUUUUUUUGCAUCAGUGUUUAGAUGCAUUCAAUAUGACAGACCUCUUCUUAUUUACAAUGCUGUAUAAAUAAUUUGCCCCAUGAUCAAUAAUUUUGAAUGGAAUAAAUACCUCCUGUUGCAGUUUAUACUGAGGCAUAAACAGAUUCCCCAAAAUGUGCCCUUUUUAAUAAAAUAACAAUCCCCCAACCUGUAGAUUUCUUCAACUUGAUAUGUAUCUGCAUUUUUACCUCAUUGUAAGAAAACAUGUGAAUACCUCGAAGCAUUAUUUGAAAAGGUUUGAUUGACCAAAAUGUUUGAUUCCAACUUUGACUUAACCCAUAAACUGAUUCAUAUUAUUGAUACUAUAUUCCAAAAUAACAUAAUAGUUUAACUAACUAACUAACUAACUACUGUAACUAACUCCUUCUGUACUGCAUAAAAGCAGGACAUAAAGCAUUAGUCCCUUAGCAAUGACAUAUGUACUGUUGUUUUCAUUAAAAAGCAUGUA